AUGUCAACUAUUUCUCAAGCUAGGCUACGCUAUGCCUACGCUAGCGCAGCUCAGCCACUGAACAUAGCAUGGCGCUCAGUCAAUGAUGACAGCAACACACAGCUCACAGUCAAUCAUCACCGCAACACAGGCGGGGGCUCAGCCAUUGCCAGGAUUGUUGGUAAGAAUGCUAAGAAGCAUCCUGAGUUUGAAGAUGUUGUCUCUAUGUGGGUAUUUGAAGAGAUGGUGAAUGGAAAAAAAUUGACAGAGAUCAUCAAUACUACCCAUGUUAAUGAGAAAUAUCUUCCAGGCCACACUCUGCCAGAUAAUGUGGUUGCUAUUCCUGAAGUAGCUGAAGCGGCCAAGGGAGCCAGGUUACUAAUCUUUGUACUACCUCAUCAAUUUGUACCUAAAGUUUGUGAGUCAUUGAAGGGGAAGAUAGACCCAGAUACCAUUGCAAUCUCUCUUAUUAAGAUGAUAAUUUGAAAUGAAAAAGUGAAAAAACAG